CAAUGGUUUAAGGGAGCAAAAGAAAAGAAAGGGACCACGUGGAACAUUUUCUUCCUUACACCUUACACGCCAUAGCUCUUCAAAUUUUAAUUCGCACCUAAACCAGAUAAACCAAAAAUGGCUGCUUCCCUGCUUUCUUCUGCAACUCUCGCGUCAGCCUACAGUUGUUUCACUCAAGCAAAAUCUGACCUUCAUGCUGCUUCAUGGCCCAAUUCCACGCUUUUUUCAUCUAAAUUAGCCUUUUCCCUACAUGGGUUCUCUCUGAAAUCAUCUUAUGUUUCUGGGUUUCUCUUGAAAUCCCGAUCGUUUGGUGUUAAUGCAAGAGCGGCUGCAGAGAAGACUAUUCAUGACUUCACUGUUAAGGAUAUUGAUGGGAAGGAUGUUUCUCUAAGCAAGUUCAAGGGCAAAAUUCUCUUGAUUGUCAAUGUUGCUUCAAAAUGUGGCUUGACAACAACAAAUUACUCAGAGCUAACUCACCUAUAUGAAAAGUACAAAACUCAAGGAUUCGAGAUUCUAGCUUUCCCUUGCAAUCAAUUUGGAGGGCAAGAGCCUGGAUCAAAUCCUGAGAUCAAACAGUUUGCCUGUACAAGAUUUAAAGCAGAAUUUCCAAUUUUCGAUAAGGUUGAUGUUAAUGGACCCAAUACAGCUCCAAUUUACCAGUUUCUGAAGUCAAGUGCUGGGGGAUUUUUUGGUGAUCUGAUCAAAUGGAAUUUUGAGAAGUUCCUAGUGAACAAGAAUGGCAAAGUUGUGGAGAGAUAUCCACCAACAACAUCACCUUUCCAAAUUGAGAGGGACAUUCAAAAGCUUCUAGCAGCAUGAUGAUGCUUGGCAGGAAAGUUAGGCAGCAUGUUUACAUAGAAAUGUAAGAAAUAGAUGUAUACUUUUAUACUUAAAAACACGAUGAUGCAUCAUACUAAUCUUCUCUCCUGUAAUAGAUGAUUCAAGGGUUUUACUUCUGGUUGGAUACAACAUUCAAAUUUCAAAAGGGUGAAUUUUAUAUACAAAUUUGUGAUAUAUUGACCA